AGACUUACGGUGUCGUUAAAGGAGUCGUGUUUUGCGACAGUAGCCUGUAGACAGUAGUUGUGGGCUAAUGAGAUUUUGUGGUUAAAAAAUCUUGUUUUAAGUUGUCUGUUUGUCUGGUGUAAACUAUUUCCGUUAAUCUUAUUUAUUAAGUUGUAGGACAGUUUUCAGGUAGUUUUACACAGAUACGCCAGUUUUCUAAUAGUCACAAUAGAUGUAUACGGUCAAAGAAUUGGGCAACGGCUGCGUUGAACGCACCCUGAGUGUUUUGAGCAUGCGCAGUGUGCACAAACGUACUAACUUUUCCUAGUUUUAUCUGGCCGACGGGAUUUUCUUGGGAAAUGUAUGAGAUAGUAAUGGCGUGAAACGUUUAAAAUAUUUGUUAACGAACGUUACAUGUAGUGAUCUAAACUACUUAUGUUUUAACAACUAAGAGCUAACUGCACAAAAUCGAGUUUUUAACGCAGAUUUUGUUUUACUACACUACACUGGGCUUAGGCGUUAGAAAACGUUUUAAGCAGUUUUAAGGCGGCCAAAAAUACUACAGUGCUUCCAAAGGAGUAUUAGUAUGUUAUGUCGUGUUUACAUCUAGCUUGUAAACAUCUAAGGGCUAGAUGUUCCUAGAUCAUUCUAAAAUGCUAAAAUUAGACUAUACGAUAUAGCUAAUAGUAUUAAGAAUGUGCAGUGUUCGCACUUUGAUACCCUUUAAAAAUCGUGUUUCUACGAUUCGUGUUCGAGGAUGCAGGCUCAUCAACCUUCGGCGGGCGUGCGUUAUCGUCCCUUUGUUGCUCCUGGUGGUUGGGGCAGUCUUGACGUCUUUAUUACCUUCUUCAGAAGACAGUAUCCUGGGAGUCUUCCGCCGCCAAUCUAACAGUUCAUUCGCCCUCCCACCACGUGAAAACUCGUUUACCAUAGUCAUGCAAACAUACAACCGCACGGACGUUCUUCUGAAACUGCUGAAUCAUUACCAAGCAGUUUCUCGUCUGCACCAGAUAAUCAUUGUUUGGAACAACAUCGCGGAGCUGCCGCCUGUUAAACUAUGGGACUCUCUAGGACCCCAUCCAAUAUCGGUGAUCUUCAAACAACAGACAAGCAACCGGAUGCGUAACCGGCUUCAGCCAUUCGCUGAGAUAGAGACGGAUGCUGUGUUGAUGCUGGAUGAUGACACAUUGGUCAGCCUCCCUGAUAUUAGGUUUGCAUACUCCAUCUGGAAGCAAUUUCCAGACCAAAUAGUGGGCUUUGUACCAAGGAAGCAUGUGACCACAGUCUCCGGUGUGUAUAGCUAUGGCAGUUUUGAACUCCAGGAUCCUGACAUGGGUGGUGGGGACAGGUACUCCAUGGUGCUCGUGGGUGCAGCCUUUUUCCACCGACGCUUCCUCCAGCAGUUCCAGGCGCAGCCUCCUGAAGUGCACGCCCUGGUGGAUGAGACGCAGAACUGCGAUGACAUCGCCAUGAACUUUGUGGUGGCUCGAGACCUGGCACGGGUUCCGGGACCCCACCGGUCAGCCGGGGUGUUUGUGAAGCCGGUGGACCUGAGGAACCUGGAGAAGGAUGCCAGCAGCGGGUACUUGGGCAUGUGGCACCGCGCGGCACACUUGCUCCAGCGCUCGCACUGCCUGAACAGGCUGGCACAGAUUUAUGGAGGCAUGCCGCUGCAUUACUCUAACAUCAUGAUCUCACAGUUCGGCUUCCCCAGCUAUGGCAACCACAGGAGCAGGAACUGAUGUGGAGGGGAAAAGUAGAUUUUGAUGUGAAAAUUCAGCAUAGAACUGAGCAUGUUUUUUUUUUUUUGUUUUGUUUUUUUAAGCAUUCCACUGUGCCAGGCACAGUAAAAAUAAUUGGAAUGAGAGAGAGAACAGUAGUAAAAAUGAAUUUCAACAACUUUAUUUUGAAGAUACAAACUAGAUUUACCCUUAAUGCAGAACACAUCAUCUUCCCAACAUGGCUACAACACUGUACAAACUCUUCCUGGCUUCCAGUACUUGCUAUACAUUGUAUGAGGGCAUGGCAAGUUGGGACAAUAAGUGGGCAUUGUGGAAAGUUUUGUGAGAUUACAUCAUCCUGUAACAAAGAAAAGGCUGAAAUUCCAACGAGGCAUUUCACAAAGCUGAGAAAUGAGGUUUCUUUGGGAGAGAGCUAUACACUCUUGAGUUUACUUUGUGCUUUAUAACUGCAAACCAUUUACAUGCACAAAAAGCUCUAUAACAUUAAAAAAAAUGGAAAAACUGGAAAGCAUAAUGGUUCCCCUUUAAAAUAUGAAAAAUGAAGGUUUGCUUUCAUCAGUAAUGGUCUAAGAGCUGAUCUUUAGAGUGCAUCUGUAGAAGUGCCUGUUUCCUAAGAGGAGUUUACACCACAUCUAAUGCAGCAAAAACUGCAUUAAAACAAACAGUAUUGGUGUGGAUGGAAUUGUAAGAUGUGGGCGAAUAUUUGUUAUUUUGAUUAACACGUAAUGCAAAAUCAUGACGUUAUUGGGGAACUGUCAUUACGCUGGUUAAUUUAGGAUUUAAAGGGAAGGAGAUCAGUAACAAAAUAAAAUGAUGUAUUAAGUUGUUUUUUGUUUUGUUUUUUUGCUUUAGCACUACAUUGUUAUUAAUAUGAUUUAAAAUAAUUCCAUAGUGAAUAAUUAGUUUGGUUUUCUUCCAUUUCUGUUUGGCUUUGCAGUCAAGCUUCUAUUUACUUCUUUCUGAUGCAAGACUGUAAAGAGCAGAUCUCAACCUACCAUUGAAAUUCUUACCUUUCUAAAAUUCCUACGUAAAAUUCUUAGACCACCUUGCCUUUUCAUUACUUUUCCUUUCAUGUACAUGGAGGCAGACAUACCCAAAAAACAUAAUAGUGAUCACAGAUUUCAACAUCACAUUUAUAUUAUAGACAAACCUUGUGACACGAUUGUGUGUCAAACACAAUCAUCAAGAACAAAAUUAUGUACUGUGUAAAAUUUAUGUACAAAAUAAUCUGUGUAAAAUGAAGUGUGUUUUGUCACAGAAAAAUAGCACCAAUGACAACUGUCAGUUUUGUCAUCGAUUAUGUACAUUUCUGUUUAUUCAUAGUUGCCGGUUCUCUCUGGUCAGUUAAAUAUUAAUAUAACGCAAUAAAAUUUUCCCUUUCUUAAA